UUUACCAACCAAAUGUCAAAAUACUGUUUUACUUUACCGCACCCAGAAAUUUUUUGAACCAUUAUUAUUAAUAUUUUGUGUGUUUUGGUAUAAUAUUAUUUACGUUCAAUCAUGGAUCAUUUACCUGCCUGUAUUAUAGACGUAGGCACUGGCUACACAAAGUUGGGGUUCGCUGGCAAUAAGGAACCGCAAUUCAUCAUACCAUCAGCCAUUGCGAUAAAAGAAACUGCCAAAGUAGGCGAUCAGAGUACACGACGUAUGACGAAAGCCGUAGAAGAUUUAGACUUCUUUAUAGGUGAUGAAGCAUUUGACGCCACCGGGUAUUCUGUGAAGUAUCCCGUACGCCACGGAUUAGUGGAAGAUUGGGACUUAAUGGAGAGGUACAUAGAGCAAUGUAUCUUCAAAUAUUUGAGGGCCGAGCCUGAAGAUCAUCACUUUCUGCUUACCGAGCCCCCUUUGAACACUCCUGAGAACAGAGAGUAUUUAGCAGAGAUAAUGUUUGAAUCAUUUAAUGUGCCAGGUCUGUACAUAGCUGUGCAAGCUAUGUUAGCUCUUGCUGCAUCGUGGAAGUCACGAGCUCCUGCACAGCGUACUUUUACAGGCAUCGUGGUGGACAGCGGAGAUGGUGUAACCCAUAUUGUGCCAGUGGCAGAAGGUUAUGUUAUUGGAUCUUGUAUAAAACACAUUCCCGUAGCAGGAAGAAAUAUCACUUCAUUUAUCCAGUCCCUGCUUCGUGAACGUGAGGUUGGUAUCCCACCAGAACAAAGUUUGGAAACUGCAAAGGCAAUCAAAGAGAGGUACAGUUACAUUUGCCCUGAUAUUGCUAAAGAGUUUGCUAAAUAUGAUUCUGAUCCUGCUAAAUGGAUGAAGAAGUACACAGGAGUAAAUGCUAUAACAAAGAACCCAUUCACAGUUGAUGUUGGCUAUGAAAGAUUCUUAGGGCCUGAGAUUUUCUUUCAUCCAGAGUUCUCGAACCCAGAUUUUACUGUGCCGUUGAAUGAAAUGGUGGAUGAGGUCAUACAGUCUUGCCCAAUUGAUGUGCGAAGAGGGCUUUAUGGAAAUAUUGUUUUGUCAGGAGGGUCUACAAUGUUCCGUGACUUUGGGAGAAGACUACAAAGAGAUAUUAAAAGGACGGUAGAUGCUAGAUUGAAGAUGUCUACUAUGUUAUCGGAAGGGCGUAUAACACCAACACCUAUCGAUGUGCAGGUGAUUUCCCACUACAUGCAGCGCUAUGCUGUUUGGUUUGGAGGAAGUAUGCUGGGUUCUACACCAGAGUUCUAUCAAGUGUGUCAUACAAAACAAGCAUACAUGGAGUAUGGUCCGAGCAUCUGUAGACACAAUCCAGUUUUUGGCACUAUGACAUAAAAUCAGAUUAACUCAGUAUUAAGUAAAAUUAUGAAUUUAUAAUUUUUAUGUACCAUUUUAUGCCUGUUACUCUAAGUAUGUUGCUUUUAAUAGAUUUAUGUAAGUUUGAAGACUGACCCUUUAUAACUGAUAUGAAUUAACAUUGCACAACUUUGAUUUAGGUCAGUAUUGUAAUUAAUUUUGAUGUGACAUAAGGUAUAAUUUUUAAUUUUUUAUUUCUAUAUGGAUGGCUGGAUCACAUAUUAAAUUUAAGCAUUUAACAUUGCAUUCCAGCAGUUAACCAAAUAUAGUCUUCAAUAAAUAUUUUAAAAAUA